AUGCGAAAGGUAUUCACCGGAUUUGUCCAAAAGCUCGAAGAACAGUAUAUUCCACUUGUCAUCCCUGAUUCUCUCAAGCAAGACGGCCCUACAUCCUCUCUUGCCGAGAGGUACAUGAAGAGCUUCCUUGCCGUUGAUGACAGGCUUGAGAUGCCACCAAUGCAAACUCUAUUACCUCAUCUGUGGGGAAGCGACAUCGAGUGGAUGUACACAAUCGAUCUUGACCGUGAGCUUCUGGGCGUCGACCACUCAGUGUAUCUCAAACUAUCUAAGAUCCCACGUGAGGGACGGUGGCAUCAGUACCUUGAUGUAGACGAGAAUCGCCGCCGUAGGGUAUUCCAGAAGGAGACCCCAGAAAGUAUUGUUGGCGAUAUUGCCUUGAAACCGAGCGUAAACAGCGAUUUAACGGCCAAAUAUACAUCCAUAGGCAUUGAACCAAUGUCAUUAAAGGGUUUCCAUGGUUCAAUCGACAUGCUGCUUCCCCGCGAGGCUCUGCUGCUGAGUACUUUCUCAUGUAUUUAUAAAUCGUUUAAGAAACUCCUGGAUCCGUUCAUCUUGGAGUGGACACCUGAGAGCUUUUCGUUCCAGGAAAUAGCAUUUGCGCUUCUGUCAAUUGCUGCUGGUGAAGUGACCUUCGAGUCCAUCCGCGCUCUCGAUAAAAGCUACGAAAGGGAGGGCUACUACAUACUUCCAGAUGGUCACUUGCUUCCAUGUUUCCUAUAUGAGCGCCAUUUUCCCGGUGUUGAGCCUGGAUCAGCACCUCGAAACCGUACCUAUUGGUUCAGCAAUGUCCUCGUACACCUAGCUUCUAGACUGGACGUAGUCGAUGUUGAAAAGGCAGCGGUUAUCGAGGUGGUAGACGCCGGACUUGACCAAGGUUUGGAUGAAUUCUAUGCCAUGGUCUUCUCAAUUUCGGACGUUAUCCUUGUUCAUGUUCAGAAGGGGGGUGGUAGGGUGCGUGUUCAGAGGUCAGACUUGAUGCCUUUGUUCUACUUCGAUGAAGAGCUCUCCAAUUAUCUAAAUGGACCUCGCACAAGGCCAGCGCAAGAUACCCAGCCGCCUACGCCAGGAACCAAUGCCAAUCAUGCAUUGCAAUGUAAGAUACAGAAGGGGGGUGAUGCUUCUCGUUUCAGCGAGGCGAGCGACGGCAGUGAUGACAUGAAGACUGUGAUUGAGGAUGAACAUAAAAAUGUCGAUAUUACCUUCACAUCGAUGAUACGUUUCCUGGAUAUAGCCGCCCGACUGCAUUUGGCGGAUGCGAAGUCACGCAGAGUCCCCAAUGAAAUUCUAACUUCCGUCAUGCAUUUUACAGACACUCGAACAUACAAAAACCUGGCCAAUGUGUCUGCCAGCUGUCGGCAAUUGAGUGAUCGCAAGUUUCGUCUAAAUGAUGGCUACGAUGUGGUCGGUAUUGACGCCCAAAACAUGGGAUCCCCCCGUCGGCUCAUUAUUGAAGAUAUACAAACGGGGAAGAGGUUCUACUCCGAAGUACAGCACUUGGAUUUACUUUUCUGUCGCAAUACCGACAAGGGCAUGCUAGAUUUGUAUAUUGUGAUUGGAGAAGAAACUACCAGGAGGAGUGUCAUAAGCUUGGCAGCCUUGCAGUUCCCAAAGUUGCUUCCGAAAGACACGCCCUGUACCAAUGAAGUCCAGCAGCCCAUCUUGUAA